GCUCUUAGUCAUUGUUGGGGGACUACCUCACAGUUCACAACUACGAAGGUUACAAUUUACGAAAGAAAAGAAAACAUUUUCCUCGCACAGUUGACGAACACGUUUCGAGAAGCCGUUCAGGUGGCUCGGGCGUUGAAAAUUCGGUAUCUUUGGAUUGAUUCGCUAUGUAUAGUGCAAGACGAUCAUGAUGAUUGGGCGCAAGAAGCAUCUCGCAUGUUGACCGUGUAUCGGAAUGCGCUGAUUACUAUCUCAGCGACGUCGUCAAAAUCGGGAAAUGAAGGUCUGUUUCAAAGAUGGUCCGAGUUCGAGACCCGCGUCAUCCCGGGAGACGAAGAAGCAGGCACAUUCAUCUUCAGUGCCGAGCGAGAACACUUCGGCGGGCAGUGGGGGUCUCAUAGACAGGAAUAUCCACUCCUGAGUCGGGCUUGGGCCCUCCAAGAGCGCUUGCUAUCUCCCCGUAUCCUACAUUUUGGACGCAGCGAGUUACACUUUGAGUGCAUCGAAGAGUUUCGAUGCGAGUGUUCUGGUACCCAAGAUUACAGCUGGACAACUUUUAUCAAGGAACCAAAGAUAUAUCUGCUUUCGAGGAUACUGCUUCGACAAGCCGCAGGAGAGAUAUGGCAGAGUAUACUCAGGCAACAUAGUUCGCUGCAGUUGACAUAUCCAAGUGACAAACUCGUGGCGUUGGGUGGACUCGCGAAGCAACUUGCGGAGCCUGGCGACCAGUAUCUAGCAGGACUCUGGAAAAGUAGGAUUCUUGAAAACCUUCAAUGGGAAAUUGCAAGACACGUUGACUUGCAUCCAAGGCCGAAAUGGAGAGUGCCUUCAUGGUCCUGGGCAUCUAUAGAGGGAUCACUCUCUGCAGUCAGCGCCUUCGCUAGAAGUUCUACACCAAUGCGGCAUGAGUUAUCAGCCCAGUUGAUCGACUACAAAAUAGUCCCAAAGACUAACGACGAGUAUGGCGAGAUUCAGUCAGGUACAAUCCAGCUGCUCGCUCAUUGUUCGCUGGUUACAUGGAAAGAGAACCCCGAGAAAUGCAGAUGCGGUAACACGCACUACUACGUUGUCUUCCCCAAUGACCAAGAGAGGGACGUCAUCACCGAUGCCAUAGACGAGAUAACGCCAAUGCACACUACACAAGCUGGACCUGUAGAGACUGUAUGCGUCUUGAUUUACGAACACCAAAGUCAGCGUACCUCACUUGUUCUCCGGCGAUUAAAGUCAGAAAGAUAUGCCUUCCAGCGUGUAGGACUCACGCGCGACGUUGGCAUUAACGGUCCUCUGGAGGAUGUAUGGAGGCUCUUCCCACGAGAAAGGCGCAUAGUGACAAUAGUGUAGCUAUGUCCAUCUUCAUGUAAACGUCAAACUGCUUCUGGUUACAUUCUCCUCGAAAGUAU